AUGUCAUUGAAGGAGGAUAUAACGACGACUGUGGUGGUUCACCACAAUAACGACAAAGAGGAGGGUUCCAGAUCUGAAACUUCGAUGACGUAUGUAAGUGUUAUCGCCGAUGGUCAAAGGUUGCAACGUGGAGGUGUCGUCGGCGGCGGUAACAGUGGUGAGGCGGCCGUCGACAGUCGUGGAUGUGGUGGUGUUCAUCGGAGAUGGUUGAAGGAGUUAGCAAAAAAAAGCCUCAAGUCAAAUUUAACCCUGGGGAAAUCAAAAGAGGCAGCAACCCUUGGCUUUUCCCCCUCACCUCGAACGCUUGUAGAGGAAAGGAUGACAGAAUGUGACGCGAGCCAGAGGAGCACCACGGUCGGGAUUGUGGAUGAUUUCGGUGAUUACUCCCUUGAGGUAAACAUUGUGUUCUCCAAAGCCGAGGCUGCGGAACCUAGCAGCCCCUUCCGGUGGUGGCAACAAACCAGCAUAACCGGUGGUCCUUUCCCCCCUCCUCUUUGUGAUCAAUCUGCCACCACCAAGCCCCCUUCUUUCCCUUUCUUCUUCUUCAUUCACUGCCAAGAAUAA